CGUUACACUUCUCCCACCACGAAACAUAGUCAACGCGCUUCAUUCCUAAUUCUUGCCAAAAUGAACAAAUCCUGUUCGCGCCUAUUUGUGGAUUGUAGUAGAAAACACCAUUAGUUAACCAUCGGUUAGCGAACUUACUCGUGUGGGUUGAUGUUGAAGCUUCUCUGGCACACUUAGCUUAGUUUAGCGUGCUAGCCAUGAAAAACAAUCAUGCCAAAAGUGUGAAAAUGGAAGAAUACAAAGAUCAAAUCUGUCGCAGCGAAGAGCAGGAAUGGCAAGGCGUCGACGCAGUUUGCAUGGAGUCUCAACACAAAGCAGACAUCCCUAAGGAAGAUCUUGGUCAAGAGCGGGACAAGUUGCCCAGCAUUAAACAGGAGGAGGAGCCAUACUAUGAAAUCACCAAGUUUCCAUUGAUUUACAGUGUAAAGAGUGAAGAAACAGGUCCAAGUGAGGACAGCAGAAGAAGGAUGGGGCCUUCUAGCUCACGUCAACACCUGAAACCAAAAGGUGAGCUUGACCACGGUGGACAAUUACAAUCAGACGGCCUGUUAGCUCCACUCUCGGACAGCGACGACAUAACGUCACACUCUUCUGACUAUGAUGACGACAAAGAUGAAAACUCUCAUGGCGCUAUUGAGUUUCACUCUGACAAAAAGCGCGUAAAAUCCUUUAAGAAGUCAUCACGGGAAAGAGACACAAGAGAACACUCAAGUGGAAAACCUUUUGCUUGCUUAAUUUGUGAGAAACGGUUCUCUAAGAAGUCACGUUUAACAAUACACACAAUGACACACACCGGGGAAAAACCUUUUGUCUGCUUGGUUUGCGGCCAAAGAUUCUCUGAAAAAGGAAAUUUAAGUAAGCACAGCAAAAAUCACACUGGAGAAAAACCUAACGCCUGCUCAAUUUGCGGCAAAAGAUUUGUUAGAAAUGAUCAUUUGAAAAGGCACACAAGAAAACACACUGGAGAAAAACCUUUUUGCUGCACGGUUUGUGGGCAAAGAUUCUCAAUGAAGGCAGGUUUAAAAAUACAUACAAGAACCCACACUGGGGAGAAACCUUUUGCUUGCACAGUUUGUAGUAAAACAUUCUCCCAAAAGGCAAAGUUAAAUGAACACACAAGAGCACACACUGGGGAAAAACCUUUUGCCUGCUCUCUUUGUGAUAAAAGAUUCAUUAAGAAAGAAUAUUUAAAAGAACACACUAGAACACACACUGGAGAAAAACCUUUUUCUUGCUCAAUUUGUGGCAAAACGUUCAUUCAGAAGACACAUUUAAGAAGGCACACAAAAACACACAGUCAGGAAAAACCUUUUGCCUGCUCAAUUUGUGGGAGAGGGUUCAUUCAGAAGGUACAUUAUAGAAUGCACACAAGGACACACACUGGCGAAAAGCCUUUUGCCUGCUCAGUCUGUGGGAAAAGAUUCUCUGAAAAAGGAAUUUUAAGACGACACGACAUAACUCACAGUGAAGAUAGGCCUUUCAUCUGCUCACUUUGUGGUAAAAGAUUCAAUCUGAAGGACACUUUAGCCAAACACACAAGGACCCACACUAGGCAGUAAUCUUUCAAUGGCAAUGUGUGAUACAUUGUUUGAGGAAUUCUGAGUUUUUUCUUUUUCCAAUAUUGGAUAAAUAGUUGUGAUAAUAUAGUGUGUUUGACUCAUUUAAUGAAAACUGUGGUGUCCCAUGAUGAUUACUUUUCUACUGGGUAUGAGAAUUGUAGACAAUAACUCAUUGGCUGCCACUGACGGCGCUAGAUCUCCAAGCCAUAUUUACUGAGAGGGGCGAAUGAUGGAUUUGACGUCCAGCACCGUCAAUGGCACUGAAACAUAAGCACUCACAGCCAGUCCUCCCAAUUUAAAAAGUGUAAAAAAGUAAGCUUCAAAAAAGGUUUUUGAAGUAUCGGCCCACUGACACAAAUGGGCGACUUUACAACAUAUUGACUUACAAAAAAAGUGUAUUUUCUGAUAUUUACAACUCUGUAGCGACUGGGUAGCAAACUAAAUGAAUAUUUCUGGAGUCUGAUCAAGCAGACAGAUGCCCACCUAGUUCCAAACUCUUCCAUAUACUGACAUUUCAAUGCCUGAACAUUUUACUUUAAUAAAUAUUAGGGCUGUCAAAAUUAUCGCGUUAACGGGCGGUAAUUAAUUUUUGAAAUUAAUCACGUUAAAAUAUUUAACGCACUCAACGCAUGCACAGGACGACCUACUCAUGCAUUGCCGCAAACUGACUAAAAUGGCGCCGUUUUAUGUAUAUUGAGAGGCAGAGACAAGUGAGUGGAGUGAAAACCGGUACAAAGAGCCGGCUCUUUGAAGUGAACGAUGAGUGCCGGCACCAUCUCUCGAGAGCCGGCUCUGUAAUUUUCCCUCUCUCUCGCGCUCUCUCCCUCUCUCUCUAUGUCGCUCUCUUUUUCACGUGUCUGAAACGAGGUUUGGCAGUGGCUCAGCGGCUGUGCUCAGAGAGCCAUAGAGAGGGAGAGAUGAAGAGAAAAGGGAGGGGCGAGGGGCUUGGUACUAGGUACUGCACGCUGAGCAAUGAGCACAUGCUCCGUCACGUCUACGCAACCACAGACAGAUACAGGAGGAGGAAAGGACGACACACGAACGAGGUUUGUAUGCCUUCAAGACGAGGCACUCAUUGGGGCCGUGCUACUUAUUGGCAUAUGCUUUGGCAUCUCUUCCACAACAAUUAUAACUAUUGUGGUGAGUGACGUGGGGAAGAAUGACAGGAGAUAAACUUUUUCUUAACACCCUGUAUUGAACAUAACGCAGAGAAGAUAUACCAUUUGCAGCCACCACUGACAUUCAUGUUGCCCAAAAUUUUACAAAUUUUAUUAAAACGAAAACAUACAGAGGGGUUUUACUUUUAAUAUAAAAUUACUAUAACUCGUACUCACAUUUAUCUUUUGAGAAUUACAAGUCUUUCUAUCUGUCGAUCCCUUUCACAGAAAGAAUGUUAAUAUUAAUGCCGUCUUGUGGAUUUAUUGUUAUAAUAAACAAAUGCUGUACUUAUAUACAGUAUGUUGAAUGUAUAUAUCCGUAUUAUCUUUCAGUUCCAACAAUAAUUUACAGAUAAAUAUGGCAUAUUUUAGAGAUGGUUUGAAUUGCGAUUAAUUGCGAUUAAAUACGAUUAAUUAAUUUUUAAGCUGUGAUUAACUCAAUAAAAAAUUUUAAUCGUUUGACAGCCCUAAUAAAUAUUAUCUUGUUGGAGCGUUUGUGAAGGAUGAUCAGUGUUUUUUUUUUAAACAAUGAAGAUGAAUCAGUGGAUGAUGUUUUUUCCUUGUCAUAUUUCACAAUAUUUCUUAUCAUUUGUCAAUUGCUAUUAUUCAAUGAUGUUCCACAAUGUGAACUGUCAUAUUUUCUUUGUAGAUAAUUUGGACUUAUCUGUUUUAGACAAAUGGUUAUUGGGAAAUGUAUUAAUUGUGCAAAAAGGAGUCAUAGUAGUCCUUUUUUUGAAAGGUUUUAUGCUUGUGAUAUGAUACAGGAAAGUAUGUUAAGAAACUGUGGCGAUAUUCCCUGACUUUUUAUUAGCUUUGAUAAUGCCUUUAGAUACUGUAUAUGUAAAUUGAUGGCUUAAUUUUUCUGUAAUGGAAUUCUUGUUUUAAAAAAAUCAAUUUCAAUUUGUUAUAGUUCUGUUGUUUUUUGUUGUUGUUUUUUUAAAAAAAGGGGGGGUUGCAUUUUAUAACUUCAUUGAGGUCUGCAUGAAACCUUAUUAAAAGUAUGUAGUGUUGUUCAAUUAAAAACAAAUUUUAUAUUUUUUUUUACUGAAUUUAACAUCUGGUCUCAGAAAGUACUGUGCUGGAAAUGCAGUUCUUCCAUUGUGACAAGUGGUUAUUUGUAUGGCCUUUCUACCAAUUGGAAGCAGUCUGGUCAUUCUCCUCUGACCUUUGGCAUAAAUAAAGCGUCUUCAGAACUGCCGCUCACUGGAUGUUUCUCUUUUUUUAACUAU